AGUUGGGAUGUGUUCGCGUUGAGGCAGAACUCGUUCCUCUCCUCUCCGCGGCGCUUCCUAGUUCGAUGCGCAUCCGAGCGGUGGAAUUCAGUUUCCUCCUCGUUCCGCUUCUUCGCGUCGGUUCCGACAACUUUUCCCUCUUUGCACUUUCUGAGCAACUUCUGCCCCGCGCGUGCACGUCCGGGGCAGGAGUGCGGCGGUGUGGCCCCGCGGGGAGCGCGCAGGACGGGGUCAAAGUCUGCGCUCAGCCGGAGUCGAGCAUCAUAUCUCGGCUGCACUUUGGUCGGAGCCUCGCUGUUAGUGGCCAUGUGUAAAGCUACCAGACACCAGGGCAAGCUGCCGGCCAGCAGCCCGCGGCUUCCGGCCGCCGCCUCCACAUGUGAGCAGUGGUUGCAGACACACACACAACAAACCCCGCCCCCUCCCGCACUGCCCCGCCCCAAGACUUGAGCGAACGAAAGAACGUUGCUUUACGAAAAGGACGGCAGUGAUGGAAACCUCCAGAGAGGAGCUGCAAGAAGGGGGAGGAGUCAAAACGGAGAUAAUUGAAGAGGAGGCGGAGCAAACAGAGGAGAAAACGCACAAUAACCUCAAAGGAGCGAUCAACGGAAUGAAGGAGGCGACAGAGAGCGGAGGAGAGAAGCUACAGAACGGAGACCGAGGAGCAGGAGGAGCAGGAGAAGCCAUGGCAACGGAAGGAGGCGACCUGUCCUCCAUCAACGCCAUGAUGUCAACAGUGAUGAUGGCGGCAGAGAGCAUCAACGGAGGAGGAGAAGGAGAAGGAGAUGGAGAGAGUGGAGUCACCUCCGCCAACUCAUCGGCCGGCCCCUCGCCAAGCCCCUCCCCCAGCAAGUCGCUCACAUCAGCCAUGAGGGCGCCACCCGGCCGCAACGCAAGACGCUCCCAGGACACCAAAGAAACCAGCUCAGCUUUCAUCUGUCCUCUCUGUGACAAGGACUGUCAAUCACAACACUCGCUCACCAUGCACAUCAGACAGCACAACACGGACGCUGGAGCGAGCGACCACUCGUGCAGCAUCUGUGGGAAGUGUCUGAGCUCGGCCUCGUCUCUGGACAGACACAUGCUGGUCCACAGCGGAGAGCGGCCGUACAAGUGUGUGGUCUGUGGACAGACCUUCACCACUAACGGGAACAUGCACAGACACAUGAAGAUCCACGACAAGGACCCGGCCACCGGCAUGCUCCCCAUCUGCCCCCCCACCAUCGCCAAGCGACGCCGUCCGUCCAUCAAGAGGAGGCAGGGAUCGGAGGAGGAGAACGGGGAGGAGCCGCCCAGCAAGAAGGUGGCGGAGGACGUGGCGGCGGCCGAGGAGGCGGCGGCGGCGGUUCGCGGAUCAGAGGAGGAGCUGCUGCCCUGUCCGAUCUGCUUCAAGACCUGCAGCUCCAGACUGGAGCUGGACGCACACAUGGACACACACCCAGACACUGCACUGAGGUGUGACUUCUGCUGCCUUUCUUUCCGAACUCACCGCGGUUUGUUGCGUCACAACGCGGCGGUUCACAAGCUCCUCCCCCAGGACCCCAGCGGCCGCCCCUUCAUCCAGAACAACCCCUCCAUCCCCACCGGGUUCAACGACCUGGCCUUCAUCGACUUCUCCUGCAAGAAGUUUGCUCACAUCGCUCAGGUUUGGUGUGAGACGAACCUUCGCCGCUGUAUCAGCAAGUUCCACCGAUUCGUCUGUGACAGCUGUGACAAGGCGUUCCCCCUUCGCUCUGCCCUCGACCUCCAUAAAACCAUCUCCCACCACGACAGACCCUCCCCCGCCGACUCGGAGGAAAAGGUGGAGAAGGUCAAAGAGGACGGAGCUGCAGGAAACUGCGUUGAGACCGAGGGUCAGGAGGGAGAGAAAGUAACUCCACACUCGAAGCAGACCAGCUUCCUGGAAGUGCUCGGUCUCCAGGACAUUUCCACGGUGAAGUCUGGACCCACAGACGAUGAGAUCCAUCAGGCCCAUCUGGACAGCAUCAAGGUGAUCCACGUGGAGCCGCCGUGCUCCAGCCUCCCGCAGGAGCCGGCCUCCUCCUUCCUGUCCGGAGGGCUGGGGCUGACUCUGCCUCUCGGUGUCGGGGGUCUGGCAGCGCUCAGCAUUCCACUGCUGGAGGCGUCCAGCCUGCAGGGCCUGUCCCAGAAAGACGCCCUCAGCCUGCUGUCCAAGCAGCCCUUCCAGACGGGCUUCUUCCUGCAGACUGAAGGGGGCGCUGCAGCGGCCAGCGCUGCUUCGUCAGGGGCCAAGCCCAGCGAGGCGGGUGGAGUCGGGAUCAUGGAGUUGGCCGACAUCCAGCAGAUCCUCAAAGUGGCAACUGCAGCACCCAAUCAGAUGGGACUGACCCUCCCGCCUCUCGCCAAAGCUCCUGGAUUCCCCGGAGGUCAAGGUCAAGCCCAGGCUCAGAAGGCGAUGCCCCCAUUGAAGCCCAAACCUCCCAUCACCCCUCGCUCCAGCCUCACAGCGACAACUCCUCCCCCCCUCCAGAGUUCCCAGCAGGCAUCACUGGGCUGCAUCAGCCCGGGCCUUCCACCUCCCAACCCCAACCUCUUCAAAACGCCUUCCUCGUCCUCCUCGUCCACCGGGAGCGGAGGGCAGAUGGAUGCGGAGUGCAUGGGCGACGCCGACACUCCGUUGUCUGAUUCGCCGCCAGCUGCAACCACAGCUGUACACGAGGAGGCGGGGCUUAGCAGCAGGAAGCCAGGAACCACAGUGGGGAGCAACGGCAACGCCGGGUCCGCUAAAGGUUCGUUCCCCUGUCGCUUCUGUGACCAGGUCUUCUCCUUCUCGGGCGUCCUGCAGGCUCACAUGCGCUUUCACCUCGGCAUCCUGCCCCACCAGUGCAACAUCUGCGACUACGUGGCUCCAGACAAAGCUACGCUGAUCCGACACCUGCGGACACACAGCGGUGAGCGGCCGUACGUCUGUCGGGUCUGUCAUUAUCCUUUCACUGUCAAAGCCAACUGCGAGCGCCACCUCAGGAAGAAACACGCCAAGAACUCCAGGAAGGACAUUGAGAAGAACAUAAAGUACGUCACCUCUGCCACGACGGGAAACAUCGCAGCAAUAACCACCUCCACCCAAGAGACGGAGACAGGCUGCACCGGAGCUGAGACAACGUGCCGGUUCUGUGGCGAGGACCUGAAGACCUACCGGGCGCUGCAGAUCCACCUGCGCACUCAUAACGGCUGCCAGAAGAAGCCGUUCGAGUGCCGGCGCUGCGGCGCGGCCUUCCUGGCCAAACGUAACUGCAUCCAUCACCUGCUGAAGCAGCACCCUGAGGUGCAGGAGAGGGAGAUUGAGGAACAUAUCGCCUCGCUGCAGCCCGCCGCUGUGCCUGUCGCUACUGUCGCCGCAGCUCGAGCUGCUCCGGUGAAUCCGGUUCUGCUGAACGGGAUCAGUCCGCCUCCGAUCCAGAUGCUCCAAGCUGUGAAGCUGGAGGAAGUAGCUCACAUGGUUUAUCCUACAGAACUGGACCAGCCGCUGGACUUCUCUGCUAAAGGUCGCGGCGCAGGGAGCCAGGUGGAGUCCCCUGGGGUCAAACUGGAGAGCGUCUCCCCGACCUUCGACUGCUCGGCCGGGGACCAGCCCAUCGACCUGUCCAUCCCCCGCAAGAGGCAGCGCCGAGAGGCAGCGCCGGCAGAGAAGAGGGAGGUCAAGACGGAGCCGAGCGGCAGCAGCAUCGAGCAGCUCGCCCUGCCUCUGUCCAAGGAUGAGAAGGUGGGCGGCGCCCUCCACCCUCACCCCCAGCUCGGCUGUUACCAGCUCCCCCCUGGAUCAACCCCUCCCCCUCCCCAAACCCCCCUCCCUAAUCUCAACAACUCUGCUCGAGCGCAGCGUCUCAAACCACUUCUGCCUAAACCGGCCUCCUCCACCUCCUCGUCACCUUCCACCACCCUGAAGGAGCUCCCCCCCCUGGCCUCCAUCGCUCAGAUCAUUCACUCCGUCUCUGGAGCUCCAGACCUGCUGAAGAGAGAAGCUGCCACACUGGACUGUAAACCCCAGAGCCUCGUCCUUCCCUCUCCGGCCGAGUCAGCUGCCGACGCUCCAGGACCCUCCGCUGCUCUGGAAACACAGAGCGACGACACGUCUGAGGGAUCGUCCAGAAAACGCUCCCGGAAGAAACUGGCGGCCCUGGCCUUGAGAGAGAAGACGGCUGCGAGCGGCGGUGGCAUCGACCUGGAGUCCAGCGGCGAGUUCGCCAGCGUGGAGAAGAUGCUCGCCACCACCGACACUAACAAGUUCAGCACCUAUCUCCAGACCAGCACCGCAGACCUGGGCGGGAAGCGAGAUGUUGACGGAGCAGGAGAAGGGGAGGAGAAGGACGGAGGAGGGAAGGAGGAGGUGAAGGCGUCCAAAGGGAAGAAAAACGCCUACUCCAACUCUGUCCAGAAGAUGACCUGCCCCUUCUGCCCCCGGGUGUUCCCCUGGGCCAGCUCGCUGCAGAGACACAUGCUGACACACACCGGUCAGAAACCGUUCCCGUGUCCCAAGUGUGACGCCUUCUUUUCCACCAAAUCCAACUGUGAGCGCCACCUGCUGAGGAAGCACGGCGUGACACACCGGACGCUGCGGCGCAGCGGCUCCCUCGGCAAGAAGGACGGCGACGAAGGCUCGCACGAGAGCGGAGAGAGUCAGUCAGAGACGGAUCAGGCAGCAGCAGAAGCACACGACCUCAGUGCUGUCAACACCCCCGGAGGUCCAUCCCCCACAGCCGGGAGCCCCAACCCCCUGGAACAAGAGCACGACUUCUCACAAACAAGCCCCUCCCCCACAUCAAGUCAAGAUUUCAGUUCAACUGAGAACGAAGAAGAGCAGGAGGAUUCAGACAGGUCGGAGCAGCCGGAGCAGCAGGGGGCGCCAGAGACCAGAGCAGCUCAGAGGAAACAGCCUCCACGGAGCAGCACCAAGGCGGAGAGCACAGACGACGACGACUGCCACAGCAACAAGAGUCUGGACCUGAACUUCGGGAAAAAGCUCAUCGACUUUAAGCUCUCCACCUCUUCAGGCUCCGCCCAGGAAGAGCAGAGCUCCCAGCCCACCUCCUCUUCCUCCUCCUCGGCGCCCUCGUCCAGCUCCGCUCCGCAGGGAGCCGCCCAGGCUCCAGAGCCGGAGGAGAAAGAGAGGAGAGCUGCCGCCUCCUCCUCCUCCUCUGCUCCUGUGGUGAAGCAGCAGCCGGAGUACAAACACGUAUGUCGAGUUUGCAAGAAGAGUUUCCGUUAUGCCACCACCCUCGCCCGCCACGAGAGGGCGCACCUCUCCGAGGAGACGCCAACGCCGGCCCCGGUGGAAGAGACGGCCGUGACCGAUGAGGCGACAGAGAGCAACGCCUCCAAGCCGGCUGAAGAGGAGAGAGAGGAGAAAGAUGAAGAGGAGGAGAUGAGGGAGAUGGAAUUGGAGGAUGGAGGAGGAGUUGAGAGCGAGGCGGGGGAGAGCGGGGAGUCGGAGGACGAGGAGGAGGAGGAGGAGGAGAAGGACAAGGAGGAGAGGAGUGAUGAAGAAACGUCAGAACCAAAGAGUCUGGAGGGAGGAGAGACGAGGGGAGGACGAGUGGACAAGAGGAAGAAGAUCUGUAACGUCUGCGGAAAAAGGUUCUGGUCCCUACAAGACCUGACGAGACACAUGAGGUCCCACACAGGCGAGCGGCCGUACCAGUGUCAAACCUGCGAGAGGACGUUCACCCUGAAGCACAGUCUGGUCCGGCACCAGAGGAUCCACCUGAAGCCCCGCGGAGCCGACGGGUCCUCGGCUGCCAACGACGACGCCAGCGAGGACGGAGACUCGUGCAGCCCGACCCCCACCUCCACCUGCCCCCCCUCGGAGAACGAGAGCGAGUGUGGGAGCAGCGCCGCGAAGGAGCCGGAGGAGGAGGACGUGAAAGACGAGGAGGAGGCCGGUGACGGAGCAGAAUCUGAGGAAAGCCCGGGGGCGGAGUCAGAGCCGACCGCCGCGGUUCCAUCUGAGGACCCGGACGCGGAGAACAAACCAGAACUUUGUGUCGACUCUGCGACGCAACAACCCGACACCAGCACAUCUCCCAGUCAACAAGCUACUGACACAAAGACCAGUUCGAGCGACCAGUCCUCGGACAGCGAGCAGAAAUCAACCCGGGACGCCACCUCCUCCAAAGACCCCGCUCCCUCCUCCUCCAGCUCUCCACCAGGGGGAGCCCUAACAGCCACGCCUGCAGAGGGCGCCAUCCAGGGGCUGCUGGAGAUCCACACGAAGCCUUCGCUGGAGCAAAGCCUUCCCAACGGAGAGCCUCCUCUGGUCGGGGUGGACUGAGAAGAAGCCUCCCGAGCUGCCUGAGCGUCACCACAGUGCCAUACCAUGAUGAUGAAGAUGAUGAUGAUGAUGAUGCAAAAGCCAGCCCAGAAAAACUAUUUUUGACAGAAAGACGAAAACCUCGUUUUCUUGAAGUGCCUUACUACUAGUCCUACUUCUAUGAUGUUCUUUGCUAUAUCUUUAUCUGCAUUAUUACGGAGGAUGGAUCUAAUUUUUAUAGCUUUUUAUGAUGACAAUGAUUUGCAUUACUAUUUUUUGUGCGGGGAAUCUAUAUUUCAGCAAUAAAAAGAAUAAAGUUACGAUUUAUUUUGGUUCUAGAUUCUGUUUGAGAAUUAAUGAUCAACGUAGGAGACGCAGAGCGACAGACGGACGGUCAGUGUCUCGUCUGUCGCUCACAUCACAGACUGGUCUCACUUCACAGAUGAACCUGUGUGGAUUGGACAGAACUCUUCUCUUUGGUCCGUCAGCAGCUUUUCAGAAUUCAAACUUCUGUUCUCAUGUUUGUGGAUCAAAUCCAACAUGGAGGGGACGCCCCUCCUCCGUGUGGCGAACCACGUCUUUUGAAACUGGAAAUCGCAGAACGCCGUCGCUCUGCCGCAACCGGUUCCCGCCUCACGGCAGAUAACACAAAACAUUUAUGAACUUGACAAAGUCAGAUUCUGUGUGAAAGAAAUUUGUGUUGAUCAUUUUGCUCUUUGUGUUUUUUGUUUAAUCCUUCACACUAUUGAUCCCUCUGCGUCUCCCUCUGGGUUGUGUUAAUAUUUUCUCUUUCCUAAUCAUUCUCAGUUGAUUCCAUGUGGAACGUGUGCACGUGAUGUGUGUGUGAUUAGCAUCGAUCUUCAGCGUAGGGACGGGAACUCUUGUGUUGUGUGGAUAUUUUUUAUAACUGAACAAAUCAAAAGUUUUGUUAUGUAUGUGUGCGACUCCCACCUGUGUCUCAUCGGCACCCCCUAGUGUUCACGUAGGGUGUAUUACAGGGCCUCAUGUGGCUCAGUUUACCUCAAUCUCUGCUUUUAACUGCGACCACGAACCGAUCGGACGAGAAUCGCAGCCUCACAUCCUGUGUCUUCCUCAACAGGCUAGCACGGCUAAUUCUGUGCUAGCCUGCUUUCCACUGUGGGCCACAACGAGCCAUGGCUGGUUUUGGUUAACGUCUGAGUUGUGACUGAAUUAGUAUCAACUGCAGCGUCAAAUCCAAACUCUAAAGGGCUGAGUCAUCGCUAGCACGGUUUAUGCAUUUAACCUUAACAUUUGCUAGAUUUUCACAACUCCUGAUAAAAGGGCUAACAGCAGCUUCCAGGCCAAACUAAUGCUAACCCGGGCUAAUUUGUAGGACCAUGCUAACCAACCUGCUGAGGCCUUCAGUGGGUACAUUUCUAAAGAACGUUAGCUAGCACUCAUUAGCUCUAAUUGUUAACCUGAGCUUUGUUCAACGGCUAGAAAAGACAACAGUUAACUCGUUUUGUAUGCUAAUUUGUCACUAGCACUAAUCGUUAGCCUGUUAGCUUGUUUUGGGUCCUUUGAAAUCUACUCAAAGCACAUUCGCUUCAGCUACCUGACCAGCGAGGACUUGCUAAUCAGGCUAGUGCUGCAUUAACAGAAGCUAAUAGCAGACCUAGCUAACCUUCCAGUAUUACCAGUUUCUUUAGUCGGUCCAGGACAACGUUAGCAUGUUUCCUUGUAUUCCAGAUUCUUCAGAGACGAGAACAGCUGAUACAAAGAAAACGUAAACUAAACCGUUCAUUCAUUUAGCAUCAGAGACAAUCAGUCGUAUGUUUCCAAUUGAAAAGGAUUUAAAAUAAUGAAUUAAACCUUUAGUUGCUUCUCGAGUGGUUUCCAGGAGCAGGUAGCUGACGGGAGGACGUGAGGGUUAAAUGUUCCUGGGCGUGUUUCCUCAAACAAGUCAAAGUUGUGAUCCUCCGACACGUGUUCAACCGGCCGAGUGGUCACUGAUCCUGACGUCGCGUGAAGAUGAUCAUCGCUAAUUUCUCUAUUCGCACGUUUUCGGCUGUUUAUUUUUAUAUCAAGAAUCGACCUCAUAAGCAAAACAUACGAACCUCAGCGGCUCCUAAAGAAUCCGUCAGGCAGCGACGGACAGUCGGUCCAAAAGAAAGACGUGAACAAGCAGGAGCCUGGACGCGGCUGUGAACCGGACUAACAACUUCCAAACUACUACUUCUACUUCUACUUCUAGUACUUCUACUGCAGUGGAACGUUGUGACACAAUCAAGAGAGAGAGUUUCCUUCAGUCUGCCCCCCCCCCCACGUUCGCUGGUUGACCUUCACAAAAAUCCUGAUGUUUUACCUUUGAAUGAUAAAUCGACUCCGGAUCAAACAUCAGUUUUGUCGUUGAUCCUUCGUCGUGUUUUUCUUCGUCUCUUCCAAAGUUUCCCUCGAGUUCCCUAAAGUCAAAUCGGAAGAAUUCGAACCGUCGAACCCUCGGUCGGUGAAACUCACGUUAGAAAAGUGACCGUGGAACUGGAAAUGAUAAGAAUCUGUGUUUCAUGUUUGGAGUCGACUGGAUCCGAGAGUUUCACAGGAGAAAGAAACUUAAGGAAUAUUUUUAUACUAUCGUCUGAAACCUGAGAACUUAAAAUGGGAAUCAGUGGGCUGUGCUAUGCUAAGCUAAGUUAGCUUCCUCCCUUCUGGCUCCAUGUUGGUUAUUGGAGCAAAUGAAUGGUUUAAUUUCCCAGCAGAUAGAAUUCUCUCAGAGUUCAGUUGCCCCUGAUGAAGAAUCUUUUCCUGAAUGAGACAUUUAGACAUUUAGCCGUGAAAUUUGGCUGAAGAAACUUUCCCUCUGAAUUAUUGUAUGUUUGUCCACCUCCUCGGGAAUAUGUGUGAAUGUCUGUGUGUGUGUCUGUGUGUGUAUGCGUGCAAGGCCAUAUGAAUACUGGAGUUCCAUUCGAAUGCACAUGGACUGUUUUUAAAUGUAUUUAUUUGGAGCCCAGGUGUGUGUGUGUGUGUGUGUGUGUGUGUGUUAGUUUCCACAGUGAGAAGAAGCCAUGUAUUGAAAGUAUCACAUUUAUGCUGCAGAAGUGAUGGUUUGAGUUGUGGCUCCUGCGACUUGCCGUAGAGUCGGAGUGCGACUCGGACGUAGCAAUAAGAAAUCCUGAAUCCAAAAGCUUUACGUAGAUCUCUGAGUCGAGACUCUGUCGGUUCUGUUUAUUUUUAGUUUGGAUGAUUUUUGUUGUGCUUAUUUGUAUUUUUUCUCUCUGACAUAUAAAUGCAUAUAAAACUGUGAAAAUCCAUCUUGUUCAGUUAAAGGGUGAGUUUAGGCUACUUUUCUUUUUUGCAUGUUAAUCUAAUUUGUUCAAUUAUGGAUGAUUUUUUUUUCUCCAUCUCUUUUUACACACACAUAUAUAUAUAUAUAUAAAUCUAGAAAUAUAUAUAAUCUCGCUCUCAGGGUCUUUCACAAAUUCAUUAUCACAAAUAUUUCAUCUGAUUUCCUGAGUUGCAGUUUUCCAGGUCCUGAUGAUUUGUCUUUUUUCAUUUGAAUGAUCAGAUCUGUCAAUCACUACAUUUAGCACUUGACUGUGAACUCGGCAUCGAACAGAAAACACGUUUCAUUUGAGUUGAUCAGAACAUCACGUUUCCUUCUGUUCUGGUUUGACUUGUUCUGAGCCUCGUCAGUCAAAGGGAAGCGUCAGAGAUGUAAACACACACACACACACACACGCUGGACCUCUGUCAUGAACACACACUCGUGGUCAUGUGAUUCUUUCCCUGCGAGUCAGACAGUGUUUCGACAGAUGUAAAAACCUGUCCUGUAUCAACCCACUGAGAAACAGCAAUAAAGAUUAUAUAUCGUGGAAACGUGUGAAUCAAA